GUCUACUAAGAUGGAGGCUGGCUAGUGAACUACAUGGCGCAGUUCCACGGUUUUUUACUGAAAUGGCCGGAUUUGAUGAUAACUACCGGUUGCCUUGUGUACGACGGGACAUGCGAACAUGCAGUGCAGUGAUUUGUGCAAGAAAAGAGCGGUGAUGUCGUCGAUAGUUGAGGUUGCAAGAAUCACCAUGGCAGCAGAUAUUCGUGAUACUUUUUGUCAAUUCCCGCCUUAAUGAGGAUUAUCAGUCCCUCGCCAUUAUGUUACAUAUGUGGCAUUUAUAGAAAAACGCAAGAAAUCCAGCAUGUGACUAAGGGCAUUGCCUACCUUUUUUUUGAUAACAGAAGAGUAAAUAAAAACAAAAUGCAUCCCUAAUAGUUGAAUAACAGUGUGAAGAUGACAGGACAUCAAACCUUAGCAGCUAACGACUCUAGAGAACCUGACGUGCAGCUGGAACGAGCAGCUAGUGUUAACCAGCACGUCCUGAUGCAGUGUGAAGAGAACCUUUUGCAUCCCUAACAGAACUAAGUUGGGGUGGAGGCAGUUGAUAACCCGAUGUGGAAUAAAGUGCUACACAUAAGUUACCAAGUCGUCUAAGAGAUAAUAUUUUAUGACCGAUGCAGCUAAAGCAGUCUGAAUGGCAGCUAGAAUGUAGCUCAUCGCAACAGUGGCAUACUUGUUGUUGUUAUUGUUAUCUGUGGAAAAAAUGUCUAGUUUAAUAUUUUGGUAAGAUAAAAUAGUAUUGAGAAGAAAAAAAAAUCAGGUGAAGAAAGUACUGGUGAAUAGAAUCCACCAACUAACGUAGAUACGUCAAGGUUCUUCAGGUAGAAAAGUCUGUACGAGAUUUUGUACCUGAGGAGUGUUACCAUAUCAUUAAUUUCUAAGUCAUUAUCUUAAGUUGCUUCUGGGUGAAUCAAGGUGCCCAGUGUGUUGAAAGUUACCUGUGAAAGAAAUCUGGCGAGUAUAAACCAAGUUUUGGCCGCCAAAAGCCAUGCAUUAUUUGCCAUUUGUCUUUGGUGUUCUUGAUAUUUGGAUGAUAAAGAGUGCAUGAAAUAAUAUGGAAGUGUCCUCAAACUAUUUGAAAAAAUAAAAAAAAAAUAUUAAUGUUUGAUAAUCCAAAUUGAUGUUGAAAAAUUUGAUUGAAAAUCUCUGUGCCUCUUAAGUUUAAAUUUUGAAAUUAAUUUUGAUUGUAUGAAAGCCAUAAAGGCAGUUUCAACGUUGUCCCCAAAGUGUUGUGUUGUGUCGUGGUGGAAGUUACUUACCAAGAUGUCGCAGAAUAAAGUCCGAAGUUCUGGCUCUCUUGCCAACAGCGACGACAUUGUGAAGGCUGGAUAUUUGAAGAAGCUAAAGGACAGUGGAGUCGGCUUGGCUCAGGAGGCCAUGAGGAUAUUAGAACCAUGGGUAUGUAUCGUGUGUUCCUUGGGCCUGUUCAUAAGGCUGACGAUGAAGAAGAAGUACUUUGUGCUGCGGCGCGAGACGGGGCCCGACAGCCCCGCCCGCCUCGAGUACUAUGAUUCGGAGAAGAAAUUCAAGGCGGGAGCCCAGCCCAAGAAACCCAUCAUCCUGCGCACGUGCUUUAGCAUCAACCGCAAGAAGGACCCGAAGCACAGCCACGUGAUCGCCCUCUACACCAACCACGACUCGGUGAGCAUGGCCGCCGAGUCCGAGGCCGAACUGAACGACUGGCUGGGAUUCCUGCACCACCACAUGCACCAGGCCGUGGCGGGCAGCGACGGCCAGUCCAGGAAGCUCUAUGGCUUCCAAACAGAGCACGUGUGGAUGGUGGAGAUCUUGCCCAGAAGCCUUGGCAGCAGUAAAGGGAUCACGGGGGAGUAUCACAUCUGUCUGACUUACAAGUCAAUUGCUCUCGUGCGGGUAGGAGAAAGUCAGAAGAAAAUUGAGUUCCCGUUAAACAGCAUCCGGCGUUGUGGCCACACAGGCUCUUUCUUCUUCCUGGGACUGGGGAGGUCAGCGGUCACUGGCGCAGGAGAUAUAUGGAUGCUAACGGAAGAUGCUGUCAUUGCUGAAAAUAUGCAUGGUAUUAUUCGCAGAGCAAUGCAUGCUCCUUGUAACAACAUGAGUGAAGACCCAGUGUCCCGGGAACGAACCCAGUCAAUGUCAAAUCAACGUUCAUUUGACAGUAAGGAAGACAUAUUUUGUAGUGGGCAGUGCCUGACGCGUGGACGAUGUGGCAGCAUGCCCUCCCGGAGUCGCACAAGUAGUGAAGGAUCUAUGCAGACUGGGCCUAACAAGCUUCCACCAAACUGCAGUCAUCAAAUGGACGGCCCACACCCGGGAUCUCUGUGUCUUCACCCCAUCACUCGGCCUAAAUCAAUGUACUCCUCAUCUCUCUCCUCGUCAUGCUCUCCGCCUUGUGCUUCUGCUUUGUUCAGUCCCAGCUCAAGUGAGUCCAUGGAGUCAACUGCAUCUGUAGAGGACUUUGAUGGCCUGCAUUCUCACACUCCGGAAACUGCUGUAGAUAACUCCAAUGGUGAGGAGGAUUAUAUGCCAAUGGAGGCUGGCUUGGAGAGCAACAUGAGCCAGCAUCGGGACCAUCCACAGCCACCCUUCUCCCUCCCCAUUGGCAGCACGCGGAGUUAUGUUCAUUCCUUAAGCAAAGGUCUCAUCUCUCCUGUAAGUGGUAGCAGCACGGAAGGUCCAUGCCUCUCAUCUCCUCAAGAUCAGUACUUGGAGAUGUUAAGCCCCCUAGAGCGUACACAAGAAGGCCUAUUUGGCUCAGUGUCAGAAAGGUCAGCAUAUCUGUGCAUGGACCGUACCCCCAAUCAGCCUUCAGGAAGUUCAGGUCCCGAAAACUCUGGGUACUUGUCCAUGGCGCCGCUCAAUUCCCCUGGAUCAUCCCUCCCGGCCUGGCAAUCACACCCUUCUAGUCAGGUAUCAUCACCACCCCAUUCUGCCAACCAUUCUCGCAUCCCCAGUCUAGUGGAUGAAAAUACUGAUAGUUACCUCUCUAAGGUGCCUGGAGGACAUGGAGACGCCACGACCACCUCUAGUGACACUUACGCUCGAGACCGCUCCCGCAGCUACCUCGACAUGACUCCUACACCUGCUGUUCCUACACCCAUCCCAUGUAGCCCAUCUGAUGGUAUGGUUCAACACAGAGGAGGAGGUGACUCUUUCCCUGAGAUGUCCCCCGGAAGCAGCUGUUCCUUCACCUCAGGAACUCCCUCCUCUGACCAUCGCUUUCAUGAUUUCAUAGCUGAAAAGAGUGGAAAUGGGUCCUACUGUGGUUAUUCGGAAGAUGAUGACUCCUCUCUUGACAGACCUCACAGAACCAAUUCUGUUGGUUCUAAACCUGAACAAUUCCGAAGUCGUAAAAAUAGACUGGAGGUGAGCCCUGCUGAACCUGCCCGUGUACGAGCCUUCUCUGUGGGGUCACGUGUCAGCCUCAGGCUAGCGGGUGGCAGAGCCGGCCAGGUGGCAGGUGGCACAGCAACUGCCACUUCUGCCUCUGUCACCGAGUUCUCGCCUUCUAUUAAGGAGAAGGGAAAACAAGUGAAAAGCAAAUCAUCAAGCGCGCCAAUUCUGGGGACGUCGCCCAUCUCCAACUCAUGGUCAGGGACUCCUGGGACGUUUUUCCGGGGCUUCCUCCAAGCACGGAACCAGGAGCGGAACAACGACCUGAUGGAGUUUGACUUCACCAAGAACAAGAGCUGCGAUAGUAUAUCUGCUGAGAAGGAGAAGAAGAGCAGCAGCAUAGAGAGCAUUAAGAGAACCUUCACAGGACAGAGACAUCGUUCCAAUUCCAAGUCCUCAGGGAAUGGCAAAUCUUCAGUUUUUGAUUCUAUGAAAAGAGACAAAAAGAAAUCAGAAAGUGAGUUGUCUGCCAAGGGUAUGGAGAUCCCGGAGGGAAAGAGUCCUUUUGAGCUUGAUUUCACACCAAGUCCUCGUGGAGGUGGUUCAGAUGUUUGUGAUGGGUACUUGCCUAUGAAUUUGAGGCCUGCGGUCUCCAGUGGUCAGUCCUCGGCAAACUCUGAAUACCUUGAGAUGAACAGCAAAGAUUUCUUUAGGGGACAUGGUUUAAAUGACCCAUACUUAGAUAUGUCUAAAAGCAGUGACAGAUUAGUUUCCUCACUGAGUACCUCAGGGCCAAACGAUGGUUAUGUGGACAUGAGUCAAGGCAAAGGUCUGGGGACGCUUCCUCUCACACCUGUAUCCUCGUCCUCCACAACUUCCAACAGCUCAUCUUCCAUUGGUGCUAGAGUCAGAAAGAUUUCGUCCACAUUUAAUCCAUUGUCUUCCCAAGACUUUUCUUCACAGCAGGACGAGUACAUGCCCAUUGACCUCCGUGGCAGUUUUGAAUCUUCCCAUUCUCUUGAUGGAGAGAAGAGUAAGAAAAAGAAAAGCAGUAAGAGAAAGUCGUUUAAGGACAGCACCAAACGCAAGAAAUCAGACCCAAUAGCAGUAAUGGGAAAGGGAAGUGAUGGGGAGAAUGCCCAGGAAAGUAGCAAAAAAGGAACAAGUCCCUUAUCCUCUCUCUCAACCUUCCUAGGUCGGAAGAAUUCCUCAGGCACCCCUCCUAAGACCCCGCUUUCACCUACUGGUAGUCCACUUCCUAAGUCCAGUCGAGGAACGCCUAGUCCAUUUUCGAGUCUAACACGCAAGAAAAAUGAAAGUAAGGAUAGUAGUAAAGAUGGAGCAGCAAAGGAAAGUUCUGGGGUCUCAUCAAGUGUAAGCUCAGGCAUCGGCACAAGUUGCAUUAGAGAAUCGAGUAGAGAAGCAGAGGAGAGUGCCAUAUCAGGUGAUAGCUCAAGCGUCACCUCAUCCUCACAGACAGUUCCUAAUAGUGGUGACCAGCAAAAUAAACAAACAACUAACAACAGCGGGGGUAGCAAGAGAACUUCAGGGAUAUUUGAAACGUUAUCUCAGGCAGACACUAAGCUGGAGGAAAAGCAGAAAAAUACAGGCUUAGAGUCGGGUAACACUGAUAUUUCUAUCAACAGUCAGCAGCAACAUUCAAAUAUUAAUAGCAAUGAUAUGGGGGCAUAUGUAAACUUAUCACUUGGCAGCUCAGAUAAGAAUUUAAAUGUAGAGAAUAAACAACGAAAAGUAUCCACAGGCUCAGUAUCAUCAGACUACAUGAAUGUAUCUCCAAUGUCAGUAUGUAAGACACCUGAGGCUCCAUCUGACCCUCAGCAACCGCGUGAGUAUGUGAACAUGUGCCCAGGAGGUCGCCCAGAGCCACACAGCACCUCUCUGAUUCCACCACAGCCUGCACCUAUGCCAGGCACGGUUUCCCCUAAGAGGAAAACCAGUCUUACAUCGAAGGGUGAAUCUAGUGAAAAAAGUAGUCCCAGUUUAGGAUAUGGGGGUUCUAGAGAUCAGAAUCGUCGUGACAGUAAGCGGUUAAGCGGCAGUAAUUAUGGAGAAGAGAACGAUGGUGGUAGUGGGGAAAGUGGGUAUUUGUUAAUGACCCCUGGACAAACCCCGCCGAAACCUGUUUCUCCUCGCACAGUAACUCGUCGACCAGACAUUCCCUCAGCUCUCCUUGGUGGCCGUCCUGAUGCCAGCCUCACUGCCACCUUGGAGCGGCUAAACUUAGGCAGCUCUGGAGGUAGUGCCACGAGUGAAAGAUGUCGGAGUCACAGUGGCCCAGGUGCCCCUGAGAGUUCUGCAGUAGGUGGCGAGGUGCGGGUAAAAAAACAAUUGUCAGAACCAAGAGCUGGGUCAGGGAGCCAAGGGAGUAGUGGUCGGGCAGCAUCAGCAUGCUCAUCACCUGUGUCAUAUUCACCGCCCACAUCUCCGACCCUAAGAGGUUCUGUAUCAUCUAUGUCAUCGUUAAGUGAAGGUGGUCUUUCUUCAGCAUCUUCCACCUGCACUGUGGUUAAUGUGGGUGUUGGACGGCGGGAGAGUGGGCUUGGGGGGUCAGGCCGGGCCCAGGAGACGCCGGUUGAUUCUGCAUCCCACGCUAGUGUCUCCUCUUCCUCUUCCAGUCAGCAGUCGACUUCAACAGCUAGCAGUGGCUGCAGCAUUGGAGACAGUGGACUAAAUUAUGUCUCGUUGGAUUUAGCUCCAGCUCGUUGUGAGGGCGUGAUGCCUUCACCGCUAGCUGCCCGCCGGUCUACAAGUGGGGCUGGAGUUCCUCAUACUGUGUGUCUCCAAGAACCUGCGGUUGGGGAGGAAGACGAACCCCUCAGUUAUGCUCAAAUAGACUUCACCAAGAGUGAGGGUUUGCGUACUACCUCCCUUACCCGCGACAAACGACACUAACAUCCCCACCUCAUUUACACAUGCCUCUCCCCUUGCUCCCACACCCACGCAAAUCAAAACUGUAUAGAUGAUUUAUAAGAUUAAGUACAUAAGUUAAAUAAAAGUAAAAACAUGUCAGUAUGA